AUGUACUUUAUGCAAAGUGAAAGAUUUUCUUGUUUGGAAGCUCGCAUAACGACAUCUAAGAGCUCAAGACUUACUGAUGAAACAGAGAUUUCGAAGAUGUCAGAGAGACGUUCAAGUCACGCUUACACUGGAGUGAAAAAUGAGGUGGAUUCUCCUGUCGAUUUCAAAUACUCCAGCUUCAGCGGUUUUUGUUCCACAUCUUCAUUUCAAGAUAGUGGCUACAAUGAGUUGUUACAACCUUGCAACUUUGAUAAUACAGAUCAAGAAUUUUUUGGAAAGAAAGGAAAGGGCCCAACAUUAAUCCGUGAAUAUCCUGAAACUUCAGAUCUGGGCUUAACUCAUCCUUCAGAAUCUCUAACUCAAAAAAAGAGAUUUGUCUUUUCUAGGAAGGAAAAUGAUAAAACUCCAGAACUUUGUGAAACCCCUAAAGUCAGUGGAAAAAAAUGUUUACUGCGUCGAAGGUUGGACAUAUCUUUCUCUCUCCUAAGGGGGGACUCUGAAGCACAAAACAGUUCUCUAGGAAGUAGUACACACCAAGUGCUCAACUUAGAAAAAGAUAUUCCAAGCAGUGCUUCAGGUUUUCCAAGGCAAACCAAUUUUAGUCCUUUUGUUACUAGUACUUUGAAAGCAGAAGAAGCAACUUCCAGUAGUCAAAAAUUGAGACUUAAUUUUUCUCAACAGAAGACUUCCACAGUUGAUGAUUCCAAAGACGACUGUAGCCUAUUUGAAGUUGAAUGUAUAUCUCCGAUUCAGGGCAAUAGUUCUAAAGAUUCUAUCACAUAUGACCUUAGUGAUAGCAGUCUGUUUGUUAAUGAUGAGAAUACAUAUCCCAAACUUCUGGGCUCCUCUGCUAAUGGAACAACUUGUGGCACAAAUGAGAACUUAUGUGUGACUCCAAUAAGUAAUCUUGUAGCAAACAUUAAAUUUAAUGCAAGUCGAAGUCUCUCUCCUUCAGCUGAAGUGAGGGACAAUAUUUCAACACCUGAAGACAGUGGUUUUAACUCCCUUUGUUUGGAUAAAUUAGAAGAUUCCCUCUCUGACCAGGAGGGUUCUUUUCAAGAACUUUGGAAACAUAAGGGGACUCUCAAAGUGGGGGACACCAUAAAAAAGUCAAGGCAUCUUCGAAGGCUGAGAAGAUUGUCCACCCUUCAGGAACAAAGCUCACAAUCUGAGACAGAAAGGGACUCUGACUCCGAAGCAACACCAGCGGCUGCUUCAGACAUCUCGGAGAAUCAGUUGAGCAGUGACAAGGAGAUUUUAAGCUUUAAGAAUUUAUCAAAGACCCCAGCCUUGCAGUUGGUGCAUGAGCUCUUCAUGAGAAACAAAAGAAAAAGAUCCCAGGAGAAUGGUGCAUAUGAAUUCUCAGAAGAGAAGGAUGGGGGGCGAAUAGCUGUACUACAGUGUGUGCUUGCAGGACUGAUUGGCAAGAAAAUGGGUAUAGAAAAACUGGACAUCUUAACAGAAUUAAAAUAUAGAAAUUUAAAGCAUAUUCUCGCUAUGGUUUUAGAUUCCUUGACUGCAGAAAGCCUAUGCAGUGUUUGGAAAGUGAGCAGAAAUUGGCGUGAAAUUAUUGUUCAAGAUAAAAAGGCAAAUCGGAGGAGGAAAUUUUAUAUCUCACAACUGAAAGCAGAUUCUGAGGGGGCUAUAUUAAAUGUUGAGGAUGCUGCCACUCGGCUCCAUCUUUUAAAUCGAUCAGCUUUAAGAUCUGUACAAGCUCAGGCUAGGAUACCAGGUUUUCAGAAAGGAGAAGUUUCCACAUCUUCUCCUUGGGGAGAAGUUUUGACACCUGUAGCAAGCUCUUCUGUUACUCCCUUAAGUAGUAAACAGGAAGAAUACGUUAAGGUUGCCAAAACACUAUUUAUUGACGAAGCAUUAAAACCUUGCCCCAGGUGCCAAUCCCCUGCUAAGUACCAGCCAUAUAAGAAAAGGGGACUGUGUAGCCGCCCGGCCUGUGGUUUUGACUUUUGUGUGUUAUGUUUGUGUGCUUAUCAUGGGUCUGAAGAAUGUAGUAGGGGAGCAGCAAAGCCAAGAAAUAGAAAAGAUGCUCUUCCAGGAAGUGCCCAGAGUAAGCGGAAUUUAAAACGCCUUUAAAGAGACUCUCAAAUAAAAGAAGCAUUCCCCCUAAACAACGUUUUGUCUGCCUUAAAAAUUAUGAAUAUUUUGAAAGCAUGCAAAAUUUCCCGUUAAUGAGAGAUGAUGAUUUAUUUCCUAUCUUGUAUAUAUCAUAAUCUAUGUCUGUAUUCUUUAAAGUGAUGAGUUUGAAAAAUUUUUAUUUUAUUGUGUCACAUUUUCCCUUUUUAAUAAGUGUUUUUAAAUAAAGAAUUUUUAAUGUUAUAUAUAUGUAUUUAACUGUUUCAUGUAACCUUUGAAAAUUGUGCAUUUCAGCACUCUGUGUUGAAAUGUUCUGCAAUCACUUUUUAAAAAUAGUUUUCCAAGAAAUAUUACAAAUUUUGAACUUGAGACAGAUGGCCAUAUAGAUUUGGAAAAUGAGUAUUUGAAAUGAAAUAUAAAUAAAAUAUUUUCAGAAGUUCUAUUGAAUUUACUCUAUAAUUUCAAUCUUUUAAUUUCGGGAGUGCCAUAUGAGGGCAGACUUCUGGUUAAGUAAAAUUUACUUAAUACUGAUUACUUAAAAAGACAUAAAAAUUAAGUUAUUAGACUUAUGUUGUUAUUCACAAUGAGAGUCCCAGUCAGUUAAUAAACCCUUGUAAGUCAUGCAUUUCAUUUAAGCGCUUUUUAAAAUUCCAGAACUAUAAUGGCAGAUUCCAUUUGUUUAAUCUAGCCUGGGUCUCAGUAUUGUGACAAAUUUGGACUAGUUAGAAAAGAUUGUUGUUGAUUCUUUUUCCUCAACAGUUAGUUUUAGCUUGGGUUUCUUAAAUAAGAAACUUCACUGAAUCGUUUAUAGUAUACCUCUUUCCAAAGAUGGUUGGAGGUAGCAAGUUCCGUUUAUAGAAUAGCAGCAAGAAAGAGGUAAGUUCUAUUGUUGAGCAAAUUACUAAGACCAGGGAAAAAUUUGAAGAUGGUUUCAUAUUUGGUUUGUCUUUAGGUAACUGGUGUGUGCACAUGUCUGUGUAUAUGCUGUGCACA